GGGUGGAGGGUUUGGCCUUUUUGCACUGUAGAGCCUCUCAGGAGCCCAGAUCUUAGUGGAGGAGCCUCAGAUCUCUCAGCCAGCGGAGGUCUUGUUCAUACUGAGCUUCUGAGUGCAGGUACUGAGGAUAGCGGCACAGAUGUUGACAGUGUGUGUGCUGGGUGCUCUGCUUUGUCAGGUGUGGAGCUCUGCGGAGCUCCGUCACAGCGAGGAAGAGCUGCAUCCUCGGGCUCUCUACCCAUGGAGGAAUCAAGGCAAAGGAGUGGUCAGGGUGAAAAGGGACUGGAUCAUCCCUCCAAUCAGAGUGCUGGAGAAUAGCAAACAGGUCCCUGAAGACCUUGUCCAGAUCAAAUCGGACAAAAUCUUUACAGGUGAGGUGAUCUACAAGUUAGAGGGACCGGGGGUGGACCAGGAGCCCAAGAAUCUGUUCGAGAUCGAUGAUAAAACGGGAGUAAUCAGGAGCAAGCGGCCGCUGGACAGAGAGAAAUACAACACCUUCACGCUGAAAGCCUUCGCGCUGUCCCCCAGCGGAGAGAGACUAGAGAAUCCUACCACCAUAGAGAUAGUGGUGCUGGAUCAGAACGACAACAGGCCCUCCUUCACCCAGAGCCAGUUUGUUGGCACUGUCUCUGAGUUCUCAAUCCCAGGCACGUCGGUGAUGUCAGUGUCAGCCACCGAUGCAGAUGACCCAAUGACAGAAAACGCUUUUCUGAGCUACUCCAUCAUUGGCCAGGAGAGCAUUCCCGCCAACGCUGUUACCAAGACGAUGUUUGGCAUCAACAACCAGACAGGAGCCAUCUACACGAGAGAUGUAGGCCUGGACCGAGAGGUCGUGAAAAGUUUCAGAUUGAAACUGCAGAUUGCUGAUAUGGGCGGCAUGGGACUGACGAGUGAAGGCGUGGCAGUCAUACAUGUAUCUGACAUCAACAACCAUGCCCCGCAGUUCAGCCCUGCCUCGUACAGUAUGAUAGCUGUGGAGAACAGGAAGGACUAUGAGAUUGGCCGGGUGAAUGUGACGGACAGAGACGAUCGUGGAACUGGAAACUGGGAGGCUAAAUACUUCAUUUCCAACGACCCCGAUGGCAACUUUGACAUCAGCACAGAUCCUGUGACCAACCAGGGCGUUCUGACAGUGCUGAAGCCUUUGGAUUUUGAAGCACAGGAUGAGUACGUCCUGCUACUGACAGUGGAAAAUCUCAAUCCUCUGAGCAACAAAGCUCCAAACCUCCCAGUGAGCACCGCUACGGUGGUGGUGACUGUUGUCAACGAGAAUGAAGCUCCACAUUUCAAGGAGGACCCCAUACAGAUUGUGGUCCCUGAGUCUGUGGUUCCUGGGACUUUACUGAAAAGCAAUAUCGCCUCUGACCCUGAUAACUCUGCCCUGAGGUAUGAGAUUAGCAGAGAUCCCGAGAGGUGGCUGGAUAUCAACAGAGAUACAGGAGACAUUACUGCCAGGAGAACCUUUAAUAUGCGAUCUCCACAUGUUAAAAACAAUAUCUACAAUGCUGUUGUUAAGGUUACAGAUGCUGAUGGUAUGUCAACCACUGCCACAGUGGCCAUCACGCUGAAGGAGACCAAUGACUUCCCCCCUCAGCUCUUCCCGCUGAGUGGCUCUGUGUGCAGGGAAACAGGCCGGAGGAGGUCCGGCCUGGUCGUAACUGCAGUGGAUGAAGACCUUCCUCCGCACGCUGCACCCUUCACCUUUGAAAUACCCGAAGAUCUCUCUAUCAACUGGACUGUUAUUCAAGUCAACGAUACCCAUGCUGUGCUCCACCCGCUCGUAGAGCUGGAGGCAGGAGAGUAUGCGGUCACAGUGUCUGUGUCAGACUCUGGCAGUCCGGUUCUGAGUGCUUAUGCUCAAGUUAAUGUCACUGUGUGCCUCUGUGACUCCUUUGGAGACUGUAAGUCUGAGGUGGGAGCUGUCCUAGGCUCCAGUGUGGGGAUCAGCUUCAUCGCUCUCAUCAUCAUCAUGGCCUGUAUUGCACUCUUACUGUUGCUGCUCCUCCUGGCUGUGGCGGUGACCACCUGUGGGAGGCGCCACCACAUCAAGAAAGGAACGGGUCUGCUUGUCGGGGAAUCCGAAGACGACAUCCGUGACAAUGUCUUCAACUAUGAUGAGCAAGGAGGAGGCGAGGAGGAUGAGAACGCCUUUAACAUCGACCUGCUGUGGAAUCCACACGAUGCACCGUCGACCCCGGGGUCCUACUACCCGGGAUCUGGUGUUCCUCGAGGCAAGCAGCCCCUCAGGAAGGAUGCCCCGCAUAACCUGCCCUCGCCUACCUACCCACGGAGGCCCCCUGCAGAUCCCACUGACAUCGAGGACUACAUCAAUGAUGGCCUGGAGGCUGCAGACAACGAUCCUAACGUGCCUCCAUACGACACAGCUCUGAUCUAUGACUAUGAGGGAGAGGGCUCACUGGCAGGCAGCCUCAGCUCCAUUGCUUCAGGCAGCUCUGAUGGAGACCAAGACUACGACUACCUCAACGACUGGGGACCACGCUUUCAGAAACUGGCCAACAUGUAUGACCCACGUUAAGGUGGACAGCAGCCCGCAGAAGAAGACCUGUUAGGGACACAGAUCAUGCCUCAGGUGUUUUCUGGACAAAAAAAGAUUUUAGUCCAGGAAGAGAUUUGAAUUGUGCUAAGGAAAAAAGAAAUGCUAUGCAAAGCCGUGGGCUUAACGUGCCUUGGGUUUUAUUGAGGAUCAUUGGGACAUAACCGACAAAAUGGCUUGUUGUAAAGUUGUGGCUAGCUCAGGAGAGGUGAAUGAGACGGUAAAAUCGUGGGUUGACACUAUCAGCCACGAGGAAAGGAGCUGUGCAUGCUACAAGGCAAACAGUGCUGAAAUGAUUGUCCAUGUCUGGUUUUCUUUGUGCUCAGACUUGGAUUGCUCAGUAAUGAUGCACACGAGAAGCCUGACAUAUUAAAAAAAACCCUUUAAAUGUAUUUCUUUUUUAUAUAAGUGAUUAUUUUAUAAGAUAAUUUUGCUUUGAUAUUGAUUGUGUUUUUCUUUUUUUUUGAUCACUAAUCCUUCAUUCCAGCCUCCGUUCAUCUUUUUGGACUCUCAGCACAAACUAUUGCUCAACAAAAACAUACUGUACCACACAUUAUUCUGUAAUCUAAGUGUUUGGAGGUGAAGACUUUGAA